AACAUAAGUGCUCGUUUUCGCAAUUUACAAAAAGAGCACUCGAUUACUUAUUGGAACCUACAUGGCGCGAAUGCUAAGGUGCUUGUCAAGUCCUAAAGGUGCCGUCCCAUCUUGUCCACUGUUCUCGAUGAUUCAACAAGGUCGUACAAGAUUCAUAUUCAAAGUAAGCGCAUAGACCCACAAUGGCCUAAAGAGCUCUGUUCUCCCCGAUUGGUGAUAUUUGCUAAAUACACUUUCAGGGCCAAGUUUGGUAUUGCACGGAAGAUGGAAUGGUAGCAGAGUGCCCAUUCAGUAUGAAGUGGAAGUGCUGCAGCAGAUUAAGGCGAGAUUCAAUUUAAGUUCGAGCGUCUGCGGGAAGAGGAUGGUGUCCUGGAAUUGAUCGCCUCCUGCUGGAACUGCUGUCGGAUGCAUGGAGGGACGUGCAACACAAUUUGCAGCAGACGAGAUUUCGGACAUCGAGGCGCAGAAACAGGAGAGUUUGGAAACAUUGACUGUUUCGAUUGGUGGAUCUGAUCAGAGCAGAGCAGAGCAGUGAGCUCAUUGGUGGAAGGAAGAAGAAGACUAGAAGAAAAGCGAUUGUUUUGGUGGUGCAAGGUUGAUGACAGUUUCAGGAACUUGGGACGUUGUGGCAAAAGUGAAGAACGCAGAGCGGAUGGAUGAUAGAUUUCCGAUCGAGGAGAUGCCUUAUCAGUAGUACUUGUCUUCUGCCGCUGGUGCUGGUCUUGUUUCUUGGGUGAGUGAGAGUCGGUUUUGAGCAGGGCGGCAGAGCGAGGCGGGGUGGAUCAGGGCAAGGCCAGGCGUGGCUGCCAUUAUGUCGUCGCAAAAUGUGAUUGUCUGUGACAAUGGAACCGGGUUUGUUAAAUGUGGUUUUGCUGGAGACAAUUUCCCAACCGCAGUCUUCCCUUGCAUGGUGGGAAGACCUAUGCUCCGUUACGAGGAGAGUCUCGGAGAACAGGAGCUUCAGGAUAUAGUUGUCGGAGACACGUGUUCUGAACUUAGGCAGCAGCUGGAAGUUUCAUAUCCUAUCAACAAUGGUAUCGUUCAAAAUUGGGAUGACAUGGGACAUAUUUGGGAUCACACUUUCUUCAACAUUCUACACGUUGAUCCUUCAGAGACAAAAAUUCUUUUGACAGAUCCCCCUUUAAAUCCCACAAAGAAUAGGGAGAAAAUGGUUCAAACCAUGUUUGAGAAGUACAACUUCGCUGGAGUGUUUAUCCAGAUACAAGCGGUCCUUACUCUAUAUGCACAAGGGCUAUUAACUGGGUUAGUGGUUGAUUCCGGAGAUGGAGUUACCCAUGUCGUACCAGUCGUUGAUGGCUUCUCCUUUCCACAUCUUACCAAGCGAAUGAAUAUAGCUGGCCGGCAUAUUACAUCGUAUCUGAUCGAUCUUCUUCUCAGACGAGGGUAUGCUUUCAACAGAACAGCAGAUUUUGAGACUGUGAGGGAAAUGAAGGAGAAGUUGUGCUACGUCAGCAUCGAUUACAAGCGUGAGUAUCAAUUGGGAAUUGAAACAACAAUCUUGGUCAAGCAGUAUACUCUGCCAGACGGAAGAGUGAUCAAAGUUGGAGCAGAACGGUUCCAAGCUCCUGAGGCACUUUUCACUCCGGAGCUAAUAGACAUGGAGGGAGAUGGGUUGGCAGAGUUGGUUUUCCACUGUGUCCAAGAAAUGGAUAUUGACAAUCGGAUGCUGCUUUAUCAACAUAUUGUUCUGAGUGGCGGAAGUACAAUGUAUCCUGGUCUACCUAGCAGAUUGGAGAAAGAGCUUCGCAAGCAGUAUUUGCAGGUUGUUCUUAAGGGGAAUAAGGAUGGUCUUAAGAAAUUGAGACUGAGAAUUGAAGAUCCUCCAAGGCGAAAGCACAUGGUUUAUCUAGGAGGAGCAGUGCUUGCGGGGAUUAUGAAGGACACCCCUGAGUUUUGGAUUAGCAGGCAAGAGUAUGAAGAAGAAGGUUUCAGAUGCCUCCGAAAGUGUGGACAAGCGUAGAUUUUACGUGAUUUUUUUUUCAAGAAUCACAUUGUCGAGAACAGGAGCUGCACCCGAGUGUAGAUGACUCGGAAGUGUUGAUGGCUUUGGAGUUCAUAGAUGUCCUGCCUGCUCUGUCAUUCUAGAGAAGAGACGUGUGAGCCUCACCGCCCAUUCUGGGUUUAUUCAUGUGUACAGUAAACAUCAUGCAAACAUUCGGAUCUACAAGCUGAACAUAGAUCAAAAGGUUCCUUACCAAUGAAUGACAGGGACUAUAAAUUUGAAAAAUAUCGAUCGAGGAGUCCCUCGAGCGCAGGGCCUGUUCAUGCAUGGAUUUCAACGUUGUAGCUUCAUUUCUCAAGCAAACCACUAAAUGAAAGAAUCUCCUCAGGG